AUGUCAGCCUCUUCCUUCCAAAAGAUCAAGGUCAAGAACCCCAUUGUCGAGCUCGACGGUGAUGAGAUGACCAGAAUUAUCUGGCAAUUCAUCAAGGAUAAGCUCAUCACCCCCUUCCUUGAUGUCGACCUCAAGUACUACGAUCUCGGUAUUGAGUACCGUGACCAGACUGAUGACCAGGUCACCAUUGACGCUGCUAACGCUAUUCUCAAGUACCAAGUCGGUGUCAAGUGCGCCACCAUCACCCCCGAUGAGGCCCGUGUCGAGGAGUUCAAGCUUAAGAAGAUGUGGCUCUCUCCCAACGGUACUAUCCGUAACAUUCUCGGUGGCACUGUCUUCCGUGAGCCCAUUGUUAUUCCUCGCAUCCCCAGAAUCGUGCCUGGUUGGGAAAAGCCCAUCAUUAUUGGCAGACACGCCCACGGUGACCAGUACAAGGCCCAGGACACUGUCAUCCCUGCCCCUGGUACUGUCGAGCUCGUCUACACUCCUGCCGAUGGCAGCGAGGUUACCAAGAUCAAGGUCUUUGACUACAAGGGCCCCGGUGUCGCUCUCGCCAUGUACAACACUGACGACUCUAUCCAGGGUUUUGCCCACUCUUCUUUCAAGCUUGCUCUUGACCGCGGCUUGAACCUUUACCUGUCCACCAAGAACACUAUUCUUAAGAAGUACGAUGGCCGAUUCAAGGAUAUCUUCCAGGAGAUUUACGAGAAUGAGUACAAGGCUAAGUUUGAGGAGAAGGGUAUUUGGUACGAACACAGACUGAUUGACGAUAUGGUUGCCCAGAUGCUUAAGUCCAAGGGUGGCUACAUUAUUGCCAUGAAGAACUACGAUGGUGAUGUCCAGUCCGAUAUUGUUGCCCAGGGCUUUGGUUCCCUUGGUCUCAUGACCUCUGUUCUUGUUUCCCCCGAUGGAAAGACCUUUGAGUCUGAGGCUGCUCACGGUACCGUCACCCGUCACUACAGACAGCACCAGCAGGGUAAGGAGACCUCUACCAACUCCAUUGCUUCCAUCUUUGCUUGGACCAGAGGUAUUGCCCAGCGUGGUAAGCUCGACGAGACCCCCGAGGUUAUCCAGUUUGCUGAUGCCCUUGAGAAGGCUACCAUUGACACUGUCCAGGUUGAUGGCAUCAUGACCAAGGACUUGGCUCUUGCUGCUGGCAAGACUGACAGAUCUGCUUACGUUCUCACUGAGGAGUUCAUUGAUGCUGUUUCCAAGAGACUCCGCUCUGAGCUCAAGGCUUAA